AACGGCACGGCGGUGUCAUCGCCGUGUGGGAGUGCUCAUAUGCUUGUGAGAAGUGGCUCUAAUUCGAUGGUAAGAGAUGAGCGGGGAGUGUCGAUGAGAUCGAUGAGAUGAAUGCCUCGGCAGCGAAACACGUUGGCGCGAAGCUUCUCGGUGAGGUGGAAGAGGGUAGUUUGGAAGAGCUCCUCGACUCUCUCCGUGCCAACCUAACAGGCGGCCCCUCUAACAUCCGGCCAGAAAUCCCAAUUCCAGCUCUAACCAACAUCGCAACACGCUACCACAAAGCGACGCAAUCCGCGCCACCGCCCGUCUUAUCCGUAAGCGGGCGUUACCUACCGUUACUCUACCACCUAAUAUCAACCCUUAUCGCCGAGCCGCACAACUACACCGUCGUCGUCGUCGACGCGGAAACCCGCUUUGACGUGACCCGUCUCGUGUCUAGCUCUAAACCCGGUCUUCCUCCUCAUCCCCCGAGCAGUAGUAGUAGUAGUAGUAGUAGUAGUAGCAGUAAUAGUAGCUAUCCGGCCCGGAUCCCGGAUCUCCGCCACGUCCACGUAUACCGCCCCGCGCGCGGACAGGAGCAAGUGCGCGUUGCCGUCGCGGCGGCGGGCCAGUGGAUGCUGUACGGGGCCCACGGGAGCCGGGCGCGGGAGUGGUGGGGCACGGUGGUGAUCGGCGGGGGUGCGGGUGUGAAGGGGGACGUGAACGCGGGCUGGAAGGGGUGGUUAAGGGUUGAGCGGGAGGAGGUUUCCGGGUUCCCGGCUGGGAUCAGCGUGGAGGAGGCGAUGGGUGAUAGGGAGAAGAGGCAGGAGGUUGUUGAUGGUGCUGGGUGGGUGGCGGCGUCGAGAGUUGGGGGGUAUGUGUGGAAGGAUGUGUGAUUUGAAUGGGAAUAGCUGGAUGGGAUGGAAUGUUGUGUGUAGGUGUGUGUGAGAUAGUUCUAAGUAGGUUCAUGAAACAGACCGUUUAUCAAACAUCGGUAGAUGGAUAUCGCACCGUCUGAAUAAGAAAAGUAAGGGUAUUGCAUAUUGUGCAAUGUAAGCAGGUGGGGGCGUAAUA